CCUCGCUGGCGGAGCAGGGACGGGGCUGGGGAAGAGCCCUUGCUCGGGCCUGCGGACUGCAGGGGUGUGUGUGGUGACGUCCCUGGGCGAUGGGAACAGGGCGGCAGUUUGGGGGGAAAAAAAAUCUGUACGCAACAGCUGAGAAAUGCCAGGUUUGGCAUGCUCAUUUUGGGUAUAUUGCUUCAGAUUUUGAAGUUUCUGUGUGCAGUACUGGCCUUACACCAACAGUUUCAGUGCUGCUUUGUUGUUGAACCGUUUUCUGGUGGUUCUUUCUGUGGUCUGACUUCUGUAGACAGUCUGCCCUUGGGCUCAUAACCUGCAAGGGCAGCACCCCGGCGUUUAGGAGCUGUGGCUCUCCUUUGAGAAGGUGUUCUGAGCCACUGACAUAGCAAAUAAUGGGGGUUUUGAGCCACACGUUUCCAUCAGGUUGUGCUUACGGACGAGGAGACAUCGAACAGAUUAUUUUGGCUGUACCCUGAAGUACUAAUUAUCAAUACUUCCAUGAUUUUUAUCACAAGAACUUUGUUUCUUCUUCGUGUUCCCAAAUCAUCAGAGCACCUUCUGUCUUUGCAGUACACCCUUUCCUUUCUACCCCCCAAUCAAAAUAGAGACUAUACAAUACAAGCUUCAUCUUUGGUGCAAAGGGAGACUGUGUCCUUGGAUAAUAUGUUUUAUCUGAAAAAUAAGAUAAAAUAAUAUCAGCACCUGUGCUUCCCUAAGGCAAUCUACAGUACUGUUGCUGUGUAGAAGCUGUUCGUGUUUUUCUUCUUGUUGACUCAUAGUCCACUCAAAACAAUAGGCAAUUGUGCUGUCUGUUGGCACUUUUGUCGUUUUAAGCUUCCAUUUCUCUUGUGAUUGGUCAUUUUCUGUCUUUUGAAAACAAGCUGCUUGCAAACAGAGGUUUAAAUGUCUGGAUAGAGUACUGACCCUCCACCUACAAAUUUUCAGAGCUGUUGACAAAACCUACACUUCCAAGUUCUCCUAGGGAGCAAAUGUCCGUGUGUUGAAAUGAAGCUACCCUUCUUGCUUAAACAGGGUUUCUUUUCUCCUGUGUGCUACAUGUGCUAUUGCGAGCACACUUCAAAUGUGAGUAUCCUCGGAGCACUGAGUUUCUGUGUUCUAGCAGAGCUUAUUUAGGGUGGGUGUUUUACGUUUUGGUGUAUCCUUUCUGUCUGUUCUUCUGAGUUCUUUUGGCUCUUGGAGAGCGUAACUGUAUUCCGUGCUGGCAAUCACACUCGUGGUAAUAUUGCUAACUUUCUCACUGGAGGCUGGCCAGCAAUGGGCAGAGUUUCUGUACGGUGUUUUAAGACAAAUUGGUACAAAACGACUUGCAACGCCCAUCUCUGGUUUUCCCUCGUCGUUACUGCCUGGUAAAACUGAAAAGGAAACUUUGUCUCCUGCCAUCUUGCACAUUUCUGCUGGUUUUAUUGCGUGAGAAAUCUUUGCCAUAUGUAUGAUUGCUUUGUUUCUUGUAGCUUUUAAUUAUUAAAAGGGACCGUGCAGGGUACUUAGGUUAUAUCGCAUUUGUGGGGACAAUGUAACAGUUGUGGCUUUUUAAAGGCAAGAUGUUUGUUGCUUAAUCACGUUAAGAGCACAGUUAAAAUUGAAAGCAUAACCGUGCUAUAUUUAUUCAUGUUCUGCCAUGAUAGCCUAAUGCUGUAACAUACACCAAAAUGUAAAGCUUGAAGUAAUUUUUCUCAUUUGCAUGUGGAGUUGACUUAAACUUUUAAUACUAAACCGAAAUGGUUUUGUUGUAGUUAAAUUUUUGUGCGCGUGCUUUGUACAAAUGUGCCUGUGAAUACGAUGCGGUUGAGAUUUAUAGCGGUGCCGAGUGUGCUCGCUGCCUGAGUCAGCUGUGAGAGCUCUCCCGCUGGGGCCGCUCCUCUCUGAUGGAAAAGGAGCAGCUGUGAAGGUGCUGUUUCAGGCUCUUGCUGGCAUUAAAAAAAAAAAAAAACAACCAAAAACCAACAAAACCCCCACUAGCUUACAUUGGAGAGGGGGAACCGGGCCACGUGACUCCCACCAUCCUACCCUAUGUCACCGUGUGUAGGAGCGCUGAUUGCUCUUACCCAAUCAUGCCUGGAAUGCUGCUUGCCACUUGGGCUAUUUCUGCUAUCUGUCGCUAUCAGGGCUGCAGUGCUAACAGUUUGGCAGAUGGGACACUUUUUCUUGGAGUUUAUGUCUUUGGUUUUUAACUUCUGGCAGUGCCUGAAUUGUUGCUGUUCUCCCUCUCCUUUUCUCCUCUCUGUAAAACCAUGGCCCAUCGGCUGCGGUUUCAUUUUGGCUCUGGGCGAAGCAACACAGCCCCCGAAUCAGAGAUCCUCGACCGGGAGAGAGAAGAUGACUUUUUCAUGGCAUUCCACACUUUGCCAAGAAGAAACAGUCCUCACGCUUUCUCCCGACACGGAGCAGAUUUGGGUGGUGGCGGCGAUUUGCAAGAAGAGGGCUCCUUAAAGAGGAGCACAUCCAUGUUUAUCCCCCAGCUGCUGAACAGCAUCGAUGUGCGUCCAACGAGAAGCUCCUCCAUGCAGAUCUCUCUCCAGCGCAAAGCUGCGAACGGCUGCGCGGACGAGUGUGCAGCCCAGGAGUCUCCCGAGGAGACGCUUCCCUGUAAAUUCUCAGACUCCAGGGAGCGUUACGCAUCCCCUGUUGAAAACCAUUCUUCUCCUCCAAGCAGUCCAGAGGUGGCUCCUGGAAAUUCUCCACCCAGGCUGACAGAAGAGUUAGGGCAACAGAUCAAUGGAACUGUUUCCUGUAAUCACAGAAUAUUUUGUGCUAUUCCUUCUAAUAACCAGAGUGAGGAUGCUCCAUCAACUAACCAAGAAGAUAAGGCAAAUGAAGCAGCUUCAGGUUUAAACAUGUGUGGUGUGAGGAUUCAGCAUCGGGCUUCAAGUGCGGAUGUGCCUCAGGUUACCCUACUGCCCUUUGGUACCGAGGCGCAGAAUAACGCUCCCACCCCUGAACCCCGGCGUUGGUCUUUGCAACAUGUGCCAGAUAUGUCAGCAAAUUCAGGGAAAAAGUUCUUUGUGCUCCAGUUACAGCAGCCGCAGGCAAGUGGUGCGGGUGCAGGAGGCGAGUAUAACUUUGGCUUUACUGGAACAAAAGGGGACCGAUUGGUCAGGUAUCCUCGGAUACGACUAGAAAGGAGUACGUCCUACCCCGUCCAGCCACCAGCGGAAGAGAUUGGCCCCAUGGAUGAUGGAUUGAGUUCAGAACCGCACGGAAACGGCAGGAACGGGUCAGAAAUAUCUAGAAGCAAUUCAGUGGAACGGAUUCCUCAAGGGCAGGGAUGCUUGUUUAAAAUCAGACCAGAUCAAAACACAAGGCAGCAGCACUUCAGAAUUCUUGUCACCCGUGGCCCUGAAGAACAAAACCAGGUGGUUGGUGAAGAGGGUGGCGGCAGCCCUGGCCCCGCAGCAGCCGGCACCGCGACUCGAGACGACUUCCUGGGUCAAGUGGAUGUGCCACUUAGUCACCUCCCGACUGAAGACCCAACCAUGGAAAGGCCAUACACAUUUAAGGAUUUCCUUCUCAGACCAAGAAGCCACAAAUCUCGUGUAAAGGGCUUCUUGAGACUGAAGAUGGCUUAUAUGCCUAAAAAUGGUGGCCAGGAGGAGGAAAACAGUGAUCAAAGGGAUGAAUCUGAGCAUGGAUGGGAUGUGGUCGAUUCCAAUGACUCCGCAUCUCAGCGUCAGGAGGAGUUGCCACCUCCUCCGCUGCCUCCUGGGUGGGAAGAAAAGGUGGACAACCUGGGGCGGACUUACUACGUCAACCACAACAACAGGACUACUCAGUGGCAUCGACCGAGUUUAAUCGAUGUGGGAUCUGAUUCAGAUAACAACAUCAGACAGAUAAACCAAGAAGCAGCCCACAGGCGGUUCCGCUCUCGGAGACACAUCAGUGAGGAUUUGGAACCAGAACCUAUGGAGAGUGGAGACAUUCCUGAGCCUUGGGAAACCAUUUCAGAGGAAGCAAGUGCGAGUGGAGAUUCCUUAAGCUUGUCGCUGCCACCUCCUCCUGCCUCUCCAGUGUCCCGGACCAGUCCUCAGGAGCUCUCGGAGGAACUGAGCAGGCGCCUGCAGGUCACUCCUGAUUCCAAUGGGGAACAGCUCAGCUCUCUGAUUCAAAGAGAUCCUUCUUCAAGAUUAAGAUCUUGCAGUGUAACAGACGCAGUUGCGGAACAGUCUCAAUUAUCCUUGCAGAGUGGUCCAUCUAGGAGAGCUCGUUCUUCAACUGUCACAGGUGGUGAGGAACCAACGCCUUCGGUGGCCUAUGUACAUACUACACCAGGCUUGCCUUCGGGCUGGGAAGAAAGGAAGGAUGCAAAGGGCCGUACUUACUACGUCAAUCACAACAACCGAACCACAACGUGGACACGGCCCAUUAUGCAGCUUGCAGAGGACGGCAUGGUCGGGUCGACAGCAAACAGCAGCAACCAUCUAAGUGAACCCCAGAUAAGACGGCCUCGCAGCCUCAGCUCACCCACAGUCACUUUAUCUGCUCCACUGGAGGGUAUGAAGGACUCCCCGGUGCGCAGGGCGGUGAAGGACACUCUCUCCAACCCGCAGUCCCCGCAGCCCUCGCCGUACAACUCCCCUAAACCACAGCACAAAGUUGCCCAGAGCUUCCUGCCCCCCGGCUGGGAGAUGCGGAUAGCGCCCAAUGGCCGGCCCUUCUUCAUCGACCACAACACGAAAACUACCACGUGGGAAGAUCCACGACUGAAAUUUCCAGUGCAUCUGAGAUCAAAAGCAUCUCUGAACCCCAAUGAUUUGGGCCCUCUUCCUCCUGGUUGGGAGGAAAGAAUACAUUUGGACGGAAGAACGUUUUAUAUAGACCAUAAUAAUAAAAUUACCCAGUGGGAAGACCCCAGACUGCAGAAUCCAGCAAUCACUGGUCCAGCAGUUCCGUAUUCCAGGGAGUUCAAACAGAAAUAUGACUAUUUCCGGAAGAAGCUAAAGAAACCCGCUGACAUACCGAACAGGUUUGAGAUGAAACUACACAGAAAUAAUAUUUUUGAGGAGUCCUACAGAAGAAUCAUGUCUGUGAAGAGACCUGAUGUACUAAAAGCCAGGCUCUGGAUUGAAUUUGAGUCAGAAAAAGGACUUGACUAUGGAGGUGUGGCCAGAGAAUGGUUUUUUCUCCUGUCCAAGGAGAUGUUUAACCCUUACUAUGGUCUCUUUGAAUAUUCAGCAACGGACAACUAUACACUUCAGAUUAAUCCUAAUUCAGGUCUUUGUAACGAAGAUCAUCUGUCGUAUUUCACGUUUAUUGGUCGGGUUGCUGGUCUGGCCGUGUAUCACGGGAAGCUGUUGGAUGGCUUCUUCAUCAGACCUUUUUACAAGAUGAUGCUGGGGAAGCCAAUCACUCUGAAGGACAUGGAGUCAGUGGAUAGUGAAUACUACAACUCUUUGAAGUGGAUCCUGGAAAAUGACCCGACAGAGUUGGAUCUCAUGUUCUGCAUAGAUGAGGAAAACUUUGGACAGACAUAUCAAGUCGACCUGAAGCCAAAUGGGUCAGAAAUCAUGGUAACAAAUGAGAACAAAAGGGAGUACAUUGACCUGGUCAUCCAGUGGAGGUUUGUAAACAGAGUUCAGAAGCAGAUGAAUGCUUUCUUGGAGGGAUUCACAGAACUUCUUCCUAUUGAUCUGAUUAAAAUUUUUGAUGAAAAUGAACUAGAGUUACUGAUGUGUGGCCUUGGCGAUGUUGACGUUAAUGACUGGAGACAACACACAAUCUACAAAAACGGUUACUGCCCCAACCACCCCGUGAUCCAGUGGUUCUGGAAGGCCGUUCUACUGAUGGACGCUGAGAAACGGAUUCGAUUGCUGCAGUUUGUGACGGGGACGUCGCGCGUGCCUAUGAACGGAUUUGCUGAACUUUACGGUUCAAAUGGUCCUCAGCUGUUUACAAUAGAGCAAUGGGGAAGUCCUGAUAAACUGCCCCGAGCUCACACAUGCUUUAAUCGCCUAGACUUACCUCUUUAUGAAUCUUUUGAAGAUUUGCGAGAGAAGCUCCUCAUGGCAGUUGAAAACGCUCAAGGGUUCGAAGGAGUGGAUUAAAAGGUCGACUUUCUCCCCCUCCAAGCACGUUCUGCUUGCACUUUCGCCUCUGCCGAGGGACUGGGAGCGGGUGUGGCAGGACGGUUGCCCAGCGCUGCCCGGGGCAGAGCCCGAGCGGGGCUGCCGCCAGGGUGGCUCCUCCGCAGCCAUCACCCACCGCUGAACACGGACUCGGAUCACAUUUCAGCAGGACUUACUCUAUUUAUGUCGUGCCUCUGUAGGCAAAGUCCUUAAUAAAUAUUUUACAUAAUUUCUAAUGACAAUGAAUGGAAUUAAUCAUUUUACAGGUAUAGUAUUACAACUCAUGUUUACUUUUUAAUUGAUUUAGACAUUUUCAGAUUUUAUUUCGUUACAAUUAAAUAUCAUAUACUUGGAAAAAUGAGCAUUUUUCUUAAUUUCAUACCAGACUUGAUGCCAGUGUCAUUUUUUCAAAGCACAUUUUGAGCCUUGUGUUCCCAAACCAUUAAGAAAGUAGGAGAAAGCUACGUUGGAAAUGUUCUCUACCUGGGCUGUGUAUCGAGAGCAACUCUUUCCAUUGAGCACAUAAAUAUUUUUCUGUCUCCAGAAGUAUGGACUGGAUGUUGCAUUUUUGUAUAAAUAUUAGAAUAGUUACAAGUCAAGGGAGAAUCAUAACAUAGCAUGCCAAAUCUCAUGUUCAAUAAAGAAAUUGCCUCAUUAUUGGUAAUAUCUACAUGUACUAUGAAGCAUUUUGGGGUAGGGUUGGCAUUAAUCACUUUAGGAAAAUAUGCUUAACCCUGUCAUUAUCUUUGUAUAGUGAUUCUUUUAUGAUCCUUUCCUGUUUGCAAGGGAGGCAUUCUGAGCGAAACCUGGCACUGUGGAAAACGGAUCUGGUGUGUCUCCUAGCUGUAUGCAUUUGCUAAUGAUACCGAAAUAACAACGGGGUUUUUGUUUGUUUCUAACUGCACCAACUCUAAAGGCACUUUAUGUAACACAUGGAAGUCAUAUCUGGUUUUUAUCAUAAACCUUAAUGUGAUUAUAUUCCUUCUCACUGCACAUGUCUUUCUGGUGCAAUAUCUAUCAAUUGUGAAUUUGGCUGCUGCUGAUGUAUAAAAGGAAAAAAACAACAGAUGUAGAGCUGAGCCUGCAGACAUGUUCCUCAGCAACUGUUUUUGUGAUUUAUUUUUUACUUAAUCACAAAGAUUUAUUUAAUAUACACUGCUAUCUAAUCAAUUUUGUUACCUAUGACAUGUUGCAUGCUUAAACUAUAAUGUCUGAGUUGCAUCUCUUUUGUGACGGAUUAAAAGUGAAAGAUUCGUAUGUGA